AUGUCAACAAUCAUUUUCCAAUGAUUAUGUGAACCGAAGUAUCCUUACAACAUUAUAUCGUUCUAUGCUAUUCAUGACUUGCUUCAAGUCGGAGGGGAUAAAGUUCUGACCGUCGUUCCAAAACUUAUUACACCUAUUCGUCAAGCUUUCAAAACAAAAAUACCGGGAGUAAUAGUUGCAACAUUACGAGCUUUGCAACUUUUGUGCACGAGUAAUCCAUGUGUGGGACGAGCUCUUGUUCCCCAUUUUCGUAAGUUCCUUCCAGCUUUGAAUAUAUUUUGCAAUUGUAAUAAAAACAAAUUGGACAACAUUGACUAUGAUCGAGUUGGUCGGUUAGGUGAUAUCAUUGACGAUACUUUGAAACUACUGGAACAGUGUGGUGGACCAAACGCUUAUAUAAACAUCAAAUAUUCUAUUCCCACAUAUGAAAGUUGUGUCAAUAAUUGUAAAUUUCGAGCAUAA